AUGCAACUGUUGCCUUUAGAGUUACUGUUAGAUAUACUGAUACAAAAAUAUUUAUCUACAUCUUCUUGUAUUUCAUUUGUAUUGGAAACAUCGUUAAUAUUUCACUCACCGGUGGGAUUUAUUUAUAUAACUCCGGAUGAGAAAGUACUUGUGGAACAAAUACUUGCAGUGUCAGAAAUAGGAUGUUCAGACUAUGUGAUAUUAAUGAAGGAGCCUGAAAAAUUCAUGAAUGCAUUUGAGAGAGUUAUUCACUUGGGAAACGUUAGAAGAAGUGAUAGAAAGUUAAUAUUUUUACCCCAUGAUGCAAAUUUAAACGACGUAAACUUAGCAUCGAAAGUGUUUUCUUUGAAAGGAAGUGCUUUUGUUGCGAAUAUGUUGAUAGUUGCCUAUUCCAAAAAUAGUCAACAAGAGUGUUUAGUAUUUGAUUUAAUCACUCAUAAAUUUGUUGGUACUGAUAGUCAACUUAACGCCCCACUGUACUUAGAUCGUUGGAAUUCUUGUACUACAAAGUUUGAAAAGCAAGCGAAUUUGUUUCCGAAUGAUAUGACCAAUUUGCAAGGUAAAACGUUGAAAGUUGCCUGUUUUACCUAUAAACCAUAUGCAUUAUUAGACUUAGAUACUGCUAUCGAACCACUCGGCCGAGAUGGUAUUGAAGUUCGAAUAGUUGAUGAGUUUUGUAGGUGGAUAAAUUGCACGGUUGAAAUAGUACAAGAAGAAAUAGAUCAAUGGGGCGAAAUUUAUAAAAAUGAAACUAAUGGCAUUGGUGUGAUUGGUAGUGUUGUAGCAGAUCGUGCUGAUAUGGGCAUUCCUGCACUUUAUUCUUGGUACGAAGAAUGGAGAGUAAUGGACUUUUCAGUUUUUGGAGUAAGGACCGCAAUAACGUGCGUUGCUCCAGCGCCUAGAUUACUAUCAAGUUGGGAGAUGCCAUUAAUGCCUUUUACCUGGUAUUUAUGGGCUGCUGUAAUCAUCACUUUCUUUUACUCUUCGAUCGGACUCCUAAUAGCUGAAGGAUUCUACCUCGACUCUCACCCGUUUUUGACUGUCUUUGGUAUGAUGAUUGCGCAAUCCCAAUUUGAAUCCGGUGUAUCAUGGAAGGUACGAAGCGUGACCGGAUGGCUGCUAAUCGUUGGAUUAAUUCUUAGUUGCGCAUAUGGAGCUGGUCUUGCAUCUACUUUUACUGUGCCCAGAUAUGAGCCUUCUAUUGAUACUGUGCAAGACAUCGUAGAUAGACGCCUGGAAUGGGGAGCCACUCAUGACGCUUGGAUAUUUUCACUUACUUUAUCAUCGGAACCUUUAGUUAAACAGCUAGUAAGUCAGUUUCGAACGUAUUCAUUUGAUGAAUUAAAAAGAAAAAGUUUAACUGGAAGCAUGGCGUUCAGCAUCGAGAAGUUACCAGCUGGUAACUUUGCUAUCGGCGAAUAUUUAUCUAAAGAAGCUGUGUUAGAUAUGAUGUUAAUGUUGGAAGACUUUUAUUACGAACAGUGUGUAAUAAUGAUGAGGAAGAGUUCACCUUACACGGAAAAGAUCAGCCAAUUGAUUGGUAGACUCCAUCAGUCAGGCUUACUGCUAGCUUGGGAAACACAGGUGCAGUAA